AUGGCCAUUGAUGAUUCAGUGCCGGAACGAUCAGAGCCUGAGAUGACGGUUAUGGUGAAAUGUAAUGGUGAUGCAGUUUGUCAUCCAGAUGAGGAAACGGAUCUUUCUUGUGGCUCACCGGAAGCGAAAAUUGAUACUUUAAUUCCUAGUCAUCCGCUGAAAUAUGUUUGGACGUAUUGGUAUUUGAACGAUCAACGCGACAAAAGUUGGGAAAAACGACUUAAAGUUGUGUCUAACUUUAGUACUGUGGAAGAAUUUUGGGCUCUUUAUGUUAAUAUUCGUCCACCGUCAUUAUUACCAACCGCUUGCGAUUAUAGUGUUUUCAAAAAGGAUAUUCAGCCGAUGUGGGAGGUUCCGGAAAAUGCCAAAGGUGGUCGCUGGUUGAUAACGAUUGACAAGUCUAGGCAUCAUGACCUGUUGGAUGUGAUCUGGUUGGAAGUGCUGCUGGCUGUGAUAGGCCAACAGUUCGGUAAAUAUACGGCGGACAUAUGUGGCGUAGUUGUCAACAUAAGAAAUAAGGGGUCCAAGAUCAGUAUUUGGACAACAGAUUGUAACAACGAUGAAUCGAAUUGCAAAAUUGGAGAAAUAUUGAAACAGAAAUUGAUGAACCCGGAUAUUGAUUCGAAAAUUCAGCGACCAAUAUUUGAUGUACUUCGCUAUGAGGAUCACCAGGAAGUGCAGAACAAAAGUUCCAGUUCGGUAAAAGCCAAACAUAUUAUUACGGCUUCCGAUUAG